GGCAACGCCCACUUUUGCUCGCUGCAGGCCAACACGAACAACCAACGAGCAACAAGCAAGCCUGCCUGCAAGCCGCAUGGCAAGAUGGCGGCUUAUCGCUUUCUCCUGCUAAUUGUCGCACUGCUCUGGCUCCCGCUGCACGCUGGUGGCAGCAGUAGUGGGAACAGCAGCAGCGUGAUGUUUGCUGGGUACGAGUGGGCGGUGCGAGAGAACGCAACACCGCAAGGGCCUGGCCCCAACAUCUUCUCCAGAGACAACGUGCGCGUGGAUGCGCAGGGGCGCCUGCUGCUGUCCCUUCGCAAAGUGAACGCCACAACACAGGCAGCAUCAGCUGCAGUAGUGCCUGAGACAAAAGCAAGCAGCCAGCCAGCACACAACUACACGUGUGCCGAGGUGUCCCUGACCAGGCCGCUUGGAUAUGGCACAUACUCCUUUGAAGUUGCCAAGGACGUGCAUGCGCUUGGGCAGGGCGACCCUUUUAUCGUUUUGGGUAUGUUCCUUUACAAGGACGACACGCACGAGAUUGACAUUGAGGUGGCACAGUGGGGCAACCCAGACCCAAGCGCCGCCAACGGCGACUUUGUCGUGCAGCCUCCCACGGCAGACACAGCGCGGUACUGGCGCUUGUCAGCGACACGGCAUGCUGUGUUUCGCUUCACCUACGCGGCCUCCCACGUGGCAUUUCUCGUGCAAGACGCUGACACGGGCGCAAUGCUGACGCAAUGGAACUGCACGGCAAGCUCAAAGAUCCCCUCGAAGCAUUCCGACAUGCUUGUGCACAUCAACCUGUGGCUCUUCCGUGGCACCACGCUCAAGCUGACCCAAGAUGUCGUCACUGUGCCCUUUUCCAACUUUACCUUCAGCCCCCUGUGAUUGGACCAUGCUCCAUGCGAUGCUCAGUGUGAUGCUUGCGAAACAGUGUGAGUUGUGACGGCGUGGGUUGCUUUGCGGUUGCUCCGUUGCGCUGCAGUGGAGGCAGCAAGUCUUCUGAAGUUGUGCGUUGUGCAUACUUCUCGUCUUCGCCUUCUUCCUUCCCCUUCCUUGUCGUUGAGUUGCUGUGCAUCGAGUCAUAGCCGCCGCCGUAUAAUGAAUGGAGCAUCAGAU